AUGGCGAGCAACGGCCCCCUCGAAGAGAAGCCGAUAGAAAGCACUCACCACCAUACUCCAGACAGUCCAGCGAACGAAAAAGCAGAUGUGAUUGAGGAGGAAACUGCUCAUGAAGCUGCUGAGCGCGGGAAGGCCGCGACGGACAAAUAUGGCCAUUCUCUCGUCCAGUUCGAUCCGGUCGCCGAGCGUAAGCUGCUGUGGAAGAUUGAUCUAUACAUUGUGCCAACUGUGGCUCUGCUCUACCUAUUCUGCUUCAUCGAUCGUGCAAACAUUGGAAACGCGAAAAUCGCUGGGUUCCAGAAAGAUCUGAAGUUGGGCGGCUACGAUUACAACAGGGUCCUCUCCGUGUUCUAUAUCUCGUACAUUGUGUUCGAGAUCCCGUCCAACAUGGUCUGCAAAAUCGUCGGCCCAGGGUGGUUCAUCCCGGCCAUCACGCUCGGGUUUGGGAUCUGUUCCAUCUGCACGGCUUUCGUGCACAACAUCCACCAAGCAUCCGCCGUCCGUUUUCUUCUGGGAAUGUUUGAGGCUGGCAUGAUGCCUGGUAUCGCAUACUACCUCUCAAGAUGGUACCGACGAAGCGAGCUGGCUUUCCGACUCUCUCUUUACAUCGUCAUGGCCCCUCUUGCCGGAGCCUUUGGCGGCCUUCUGGCUUCCGGUAUCCUCAAGCUCUCUCACUUCGGCGGUCUUCACGGCUGGAGAAUGAUUUUCGCGAUUGAGGGUAUCGUGACCUGUGGGCUUUCGCUCAUCGCAUUCCUCACCCUGACGGACCGGCCUGCAACCGCACGCUGGCUUACCCAAGAAGAGAAAGACCUCGCCAUCGCGCGUGUGAAAUCUGAGCGCGUAGCAACCACCGAAGUCCUCGACAAGAUCGACAGUCCAAAGGUCGUCCGCGGGAUCUUCUCCCCCGUGACCUUGGGCACAGCAUUUAUCUUCCUGCUCAACAACAUCACCGUGCAAGGCCUCGCCUUCUUCGCGCCCACGAUCGUCUCGCUAAUCUACCCACACAACACCGUCGUGUACCAACAGCUCAAGACAGUCCCUCCCUACGUCGUCGGCGCCUUCUUCACCGUCCUCCUCCCCUUUCUUUCUUGGAGAGUGGAUAGGCGAAACAUCUUCUUCAUCAUCUCCGUCCCCCUCGUCAUGAUCGGGUACAUCAUGUUCCUGGCCUCCGACCACCCGCACACCCGCUACGGCGCGACCUUCCUCAUCGCCUCGGGCGCCUUCAGUUUCGGCGCCCUCUGCAACGCCCAAGUAGCAGCGAACGUCGUCUCGGACACGGCGCGCAGUGCCGCCAUCGCCACAAACGUCAUGUUCGGGAAUACAGGCGGCCUCAUCUCGACCUGGUCAUUCCUGCCGUUCGAUGCCCCGAACUACCACAUCGGGAAUGGGCUGAAUCUCGCCACGAACUCCACAAUGCUGAUAGCGAGUAUUGCGUUGUUGGCCUGGAUGCUCUGGGAUAACAAGAAGAGAGAGGAGAAGGACGUCGAUACUGAGCUGGCCGGCUUAACCGGACUCAGCAUCAAAGAAAUCCAAGAUUUGGAUUGGAAACAUCCGGCUUUUAGAUGGAAGCCAUAA